UCACAUCUUUGCUUUAGAAAAUGGCAGAUUCUGACUACCUCGACUACACGUGCCCCCUCUGCACAGACAUCCAGCGAGACCCCGUUACCAUCCCGUGUGGAGACACCUUCUGCUUGGAGUGCAUUAAGAUCUACUGGGACCAUUCUGACCACCUUGGUGUAUACAGUUGUCCGCAGUGCCAGACGACCUUCGCUCCUCGGCCCAUACUCAGACGCAACGUGCCCCACGUAGGCAACCCAGAGCCUCGGCCGCCCCCACGUGAGCUCACCCCAUUUCCAUACUUCAAGCGUGAUGCGCUGUGUGAUUUCUGUACCGGUCGGCGGAACAAAGCGGUGAAGUCAUGUCUGAUGUGUUUGGCUUAUUACUGUGAGACGCACAUCAAGCCUCAUUACGAAUCAGCCACAUUUAAACGACACAAACUGGUGGAUGAGACGGGACACCUGGAUCGGAAGAUCUGCCCACAGCAUGAAAAAGGGUUAGAGCUUUUCUGCCGCUCAGACCAGAUGUGCAUCUGUGUGCUGUGUACAGUAAGAGAACAUCGCAGCCACAACAUAGUCAGCGCAGAUGAUGAACGCACAGAGAAACAGAAAGUCUUGAUAGCGACUCAGACAGAGGUUCAGCACAUUAUCCAGGAUCGGAUGAAAGAACUUCAAGAACUCAAACACAAUGUUGAUGUUCUCAAGGGAAAUGCACUGCGGGCUCAGACUGAAAGUGAUAAAAUCUUCAUUGAGAUGUCACAGGCGGUAGAGCGCUGGCAUGCUGAGAUAAGCCAACUCAUACAGGCCAAUCUACAGGCCUCCAUGGCUCAGGCACAGGGUUACGUAGAGAGACUUGAACAAGAGAUCAUGGAACUUCAGAAGAGAGAUGCCGAACUACGUCAAAUACUUGAGACAGAGGACAACAUUCACUUUCUACAGAAUUUUCCCACACUGUCUGUCGCACCGGAGCCCAUGGUGCCCAAAGUACUGAUAAACCCAGAGUUUUCCUUUAGUGAGAUCACAAAGACCGUCUCUGACAUGAAAGAACACCUAGACGACAUCUGCAAAAAAGAGCUGGGAAAUAUCUCUAAACGAGUGAGUGACACCUCAGUCUACAUCCUGAUUCCACGAUCUGGAGGACGUAUGACUGCUCCGAUAAAAACAGACUUGCCAGAGCCUAAAACAAGAGCGGAUUUCAUCAGAUAUUUUUGUAAACUUACAUUUGAUCUCAACACUGCCUAUAAAGAGCUGGUCCUCUCAGAAGGGAAUCGCCGGGUGAUCCGGAAACGAACAACCCAGUUCUACCCAGAUCACCCAGAGCGGUUUGAUGGGUUUUGCCAGCUCCUGUGCAAGGAGCCACUGAGUGGAAUACGCCAUUACUGGGAGGUGGAGUGGAGUGGUGAAUUUUCUAUUGGAGUUGCCUACAAGAGCAUUAGCCGCAAAGGAAAGAACUCAAACAGCCUUCUGGGAUACAAUGAUAAAUCCUGGAGCCUCCUAUGCUCAGACUCGGGAUACUCCGCCUGGCACAAUAAGAUGGAUAAAGAUCUACCGGGAGCGGCACGCGCCUCACGGAUUGGUGUGUAUCUGAAUUACGCCGGAGGAUCUGUGUCCUUUUACUCUGUGUCUGAGACGAUGGAGCUCAUCCACAGAUUUCCAGCCAAGUUCUCAGAACCACUGUUUGCUGGGUUUGGCGUUGGAUCAUCUGUAACUCUGUGUAUGCCUGACAAGAACUACCGAUCUAAUAGGUUCUAAGCUGAGCUUUGACCCUCAGCUCUUUCAGAGAGAGUUUUGGAAGGGUGAAAAGGCAAAAUUUGAAGAAUCAAAUAGAACUUAAGACCACACCUUACAAAGAUCUGACACCUGAGAAGAGAUGACGCCAACCUCUCAGAGGACCUCAGAUGAUGCCAACCCUAAACUAACAUACAAAACGACCAAUUUUUCCUAUAAGUUUUAUCACAACAUAUUAUAUGUGCCAUUAAUAGUGUUCACUGUUUAUCUGAAUGUGUCAUUAACUAACUGCAUGAUUUUUACUGGACAUUUCUGCCAUAUGGACAUCACAUUGACACAGUCAACACCAGUGUUGGGGAAAGUUACUUUUAAAAGUAAUGCCUUACAAUAUUGCGUUACUACAAAAAAAGUAACUAAUUGCAUUACUUAGUUACUUUUUGUGAAAAGUAAUGCAUUGUGUUACAUUUGUGCUACUUUUUGUCACCUAAGCUGGGCUUGCUUAUUUAUUUUUAAUAACAGAAAACCCCAAGUUGUAUUUUUGGCAACUGUAAAGGCCAAAUUUGUGAAAUUAAUAAACCUCAGGCUGAAGUAAGUGCCUCUGGUUCACACCUCAAUCCCAUUUUCUCUCAACACGGGACAGUAAAGGUGUCAGUGAAUAAAUGGGAAACAAAGUAACUGGCGUUACUUGUUUGAAAAAGUAACUCAGAUGCGUUACUUUACUAGUUACUUGAAAAAAGUAAUCUGAUUAUGUUACUUGUAAUGCGUUACCUCUGGUCACCACUGAUAAGCAACUUCUAAAUAUAAUGUAGAUAUAACUUUAAUUUUCUGUGAAGCUGCUUUGCAACAAUUUGUAUCGUAAAAAGCUCUAUACAAAUAAACAUGACCUGAAUUGAACAUUUUACAAAUGAAGAAAGAAAGAAAAUUGCAUUAAGAAAAAGACUCUUUGUAUUGUGGCUUUUAUUCAUAUUUUCAGAAGAAUUAAGCUUAGUUUAUUUUAAAUACAUCCUCUUAUUCUUACAUGUAAAAAUAUUUAUAAUGCUUUUAAAAAUGAAUUAGAAAUUAAAAUAAUGAACACACCAUGCUUAC